AUGGGAAAGAGAAAGACAAAACAAGAGGUAGAUGAAGGUAAAGAUGAUAUUCCAUCAUAUUCUUCUCAUGAAGAUGAAUUAACGGGAAAUAAAAUAAACGAAAAUAUUGAAAAAACCAAUGAGAAUACUGUAAAGAAUGAAACCAAACAAGAUACUAUUAAACAAUCCGUAGAAGAGAAUGGAAAAAAAGAAAGAUCUGAAACUGAAGAGCAACCAAAAAAAUCCACAUCUAAAACUACUGACGACGAUGAGCCGUCCGACCAAACUAUUGUGUCAACAGCGAAAGGUCGUUGGACAACCGAUGAUGAUAAAUUACUAUCUAAUCUUGUGUUAGCCCAUCUUUCAGAAGUUCGUUGGUCAAAUAUCGCAAGAGAAAAUUUUCCUGAAAGGAAUAGAAGUUCUUUAUUCAAUCGAUGGAAUGUUAUUAAGAAAAGAUUGUGGAAUGGUGGUUUUGAACCUAGAGGAGAAGAUGAAAUUAUUUUGUGA